AGGCGGCGGUGCUGCUGCGGGCUCCGUUGCGGACGGCGUGUGUGUUGCGCUAUAGGAUCUUUGGUCUGGUCUGCUUUGGUUUGCGGGGAUGGCAGCGCACGUUGUGUGGAAAUACCGGGAGAGCGCGGAGCAGGAGCCGCAUCAAUGGGCCACCCUCGUUCAGUUUUCCAAUGGGAAGCUCACAAAUUCAGAAAAUGUGGAAUUUCAACUGCAUAAAAAUAUACAUAAAAAUAACCCUCGGAAGAAGAAUCAGCUAAUCUUGUCUGCAGCAACAGAUAGGCUGACAUAUGUUGGAAAUAACUUUGGACCGAGUGCGCUCAAGUGUAAUUCACUAUGCAAGUAUUUUGUUGGCGUACUAAAUGAAAAUACGGGGAAAAUGGAAGUGCACAAUGCUCAGCUGUUUAACAUGCAGCCUUUCUUUCCUGGUGACUCUGUGACAAAAGAAGAUACCAAUGAAAAAGAAGCCUCGUAUCGAGAGAAGGUGGACUCCCUCAUUGAGGCCUUUGGUACCAUCAAACAGAAACAUGCUCUGAACUCUCGCAGAUUGAAUCAGGUUGGGAAUGAGACCUUGCAGGAAGCUGUGACUAAAGCAGCAGAAAAUAUCAUUGAUAAGAAAGGGAUAUCAGCUUUGGCCAAUGAGGCAACUCAGUUUGAGUCACAGUUUGAGUCGGCUUUCCUUCCACCCUGUCAUGCUGGUGCAGACAAGCCUGAGGAUGUUUACAAGUUUGAAGACAUCAUUUCAACUGCUGAGUAUCAAGCAAUCAAACCGUGCUGUGAACCACUAAAGAUUAGCACUGCAGAAGAUAUUCUCAAAUUGGCAGAAACUGGCAACUAUUCGACCUUUGUUCUGGAAUCACUUAAAUCAGCACCUCAAGAUGAGAAAAGUCGCGAUCAUCAGAUUAACUGUUUAUUUUACCUUCAGAUUCUGAUCAAAUUGCACAAUUUAAAAAAACAUGAAUUCAAACACAAAGGUUCCCUUGGGAGUGAUGUUGCAGAUGUUGUGAAAAACAGUUUGAUGAAAAAAUUUACAGUAUUAACAUACAACAAUGGACGUGUACAAAAUAUCAUACCAAUCUCCAUGAAAGCUAAAAUAGUGGCAUACAUUAUUGCACUGGCUUUACACAUAAACAAUUUUCAAACUGACCUUACAUAUCUGCAACAAGAUUUGAAAAUUAGUGAGAACAGAAUUUUGGACGUUGCAAAAGCGAUGGGUUUAAAAGUUGCAAAGAGAAAAGUGAAUAUCCGUGGUGGCAUUGCAGAGGAUCAUAGGGUAGCUACUCUCUCAUUACCACUGAUUGUGCAAAAUAAAGUUCAUAAUAGGAAAAGGAAGAAAAUGGCAUAAAAGGACAAUAUGAUUCAGUUUAAAUCCGGUGUUGGCAAUCUUUAACAAAUUUCUGUUUUACAUGGAAGAAUCUAGGUGUUUUUUAGUCCAAACGAGAUGUAAAUGGUGCAAUACACUUAGUUAACAGUUGACUGUUAUGAAGUCCAUUUUAUUAAAAUUACAAUUAAAAAUAUAUUUAAGCAAAU